GUGACUUUGAAUGUCGAAUCAGCCGUCUGUUUGCAGACCAUGACUUGAUUCGACGCGUAGAUCUGGUCAUUGACGCGUGCUGAACGUGUUUUUAUAGUGCUAUACAUCUCACGUCUUGCCAUUACCAUGGAGUUCACGACUAUAGCACCACACUUAUUGGAUGCUCCUUUGGAUCAGGAUAAGAAGAAGAGAGAAAAGAAGGAAUCUGCGCGAGAAAGGGAAGCGGGGAAAUCCAUCUUACCCUUCUCAAGGGUACAAAGGAUUAUCAAGGCUGACAAGGAUCUGCCGAUGAUGGCCAAAGACGCUACGUUCUUGAUUUCACUUGCGACGGAAGAGUUUAUAAAGCGGUUGGCUGACGCCGGCCAGAAGUCGGCGGAGAGGGAGAAACGAACGACGGUACAACAGAAGGACAUUGCAAACGUGGUGCGAAGAGCAGACGAGUUUCUCUUUCUUGAGGAGAUACUAGCAUAUGCAAGGACAGAUGCUCCUCCAAAGCGCAAACCGAAGGCAGAAAAAGAUGAAGGAGGGACGGGUCCGACACUGUUAGAUAAAUUCGUGCUUGGACAACAGACAGGCUAUGUAGAUGAUUCGCAAGACAUAGUUAUGCACGAUGAUGGAACUAUGGUAGCUGGUUAAGAAAGACUUGUAGGACUAGUUGCUGGUUAAGAAAGACUUGUAGGACUAGUUGCUGGUUAAGAAAGACUUGUAGGACUAGUUGCUGGUUAAGAAAGACUUGUAGAACUAGUUGCUGGUUAAGAAAGACUUGUAGGACUAGUUGCUGGUAUUCAUGACGGCUACCGGGCCGUUGC